AUGCAUCCCGCGGUGGAGCCGUUUGGCAAACGGGACUCUUUCCCUCUGGACGGACUGAACAGAGGCCCAUGGGGCCCAGUGGGGAGGCCCUCAUGGCAGCCGUCUGCCAGGUGUACACCUGGUAUGAACCAGCACCAGCUUCAUCUACCUCCUGGUCACAUCGGACUCAACCAUCACAGUAAAUACUUCAACCAUGGAGCUCUUCGUGGAGAGAAGCUGGAGAUGCCUCCUCAGAUGUUGGCAGAGCUUCAGAGGGAACAGAGACCUCCUCACAGGGCCUGGGAGCACCUGGGGCCUCUGUACAACCAUCUCCAGCCUCACGGCCCCAUGGUCCCACUGCCCAGUGAGCACUCUGUGCGCCUCCACAACAUGGGCAUGGGGUACCACCCUGGGGGGCCAAUGAACCCCCACCUGCCCCCCAGCAGGCCCAGCCAGCCCCUCAAGUUCUCAGGUUCUCAGGAGCAGCAUGUCCCCCGGGGGCCCCCUCUGCCUGGGGAGGACAUGUGGGCGCAGGUGCACCAGCGGGACUUCCCUGGGAAGAUGGUGGGUCAUCUGAAGAGACCGGGGCCCCCCCUGCCAGAGCACUCAGUGAUCCAGCACACUGCACUGCCCUCAGGUCCCCGGCCUGAGGACUGCCCCAGCCCCAGCAAGAGGAAGAAGGCCGUGCAGGAGCAGUUCUCAGGGCCUCCUCCACUGCCCUCAGCCCUUCCUCUUCCUCCUAAACCAGCAUUCUGGAGCCCUCUUCACAAAGACACUUCCUCCUGGCAGAACCACGAACGCAAGAAGCCAGUGACUGAUAUUCAGGAAAACAACAAACAGACUCUGGGGCACUUUACCCCCAAGUCGUCCCCUCUCCCACACCCCCCCUCCACAGGGAGCUACAGACAGAGCUACAGCUCUGUGUACAAGGAGAGGCCCCCCCCAGAGCCUCUUAGGCCUCAGUACACAAGCCAGGGCUCAGCCCCCCCUGUGAGCAGGAGCAGUGUGCCUUACAGCCACUUCCCCGGGCCCCCUCCCCUGAGCUCUGCACUGCUCCCUCAGCCCUGGAGGGGCCACAGAGCCCCCGCCCAGCCCCAGGAUUGCAGCUCUUACAAAGGCCCAGCACAGCUACCUCAGCGCACCCCCAAUACGCUCCCCCAGCGCACCCCCCCCAGUCGGCCGCCCGUCAUCACCUCCACCCCCUCCCUCAAGCUGCCUCCAUCCUCCUGUGUCUCCAUCACUGCAGCGCCCCCCACAGGCAGCCCAAUGUACAGCAACCACAGCUGGCCACGGCCUUCCUCUCCAGACGCUCCUCAUCGAGAUUCACCUCUGCCCCAGCCCUCUCUGUUCUCCCCUCACAGCGCCUCCAAACCCAGCCCAACUCCUCCUGCACCUCGGCCAAAACAUGCCCCAGCUCCAGCCCCCUACCACCCAGCCUCCAUCGAGGAGGCGCUGGACAAGCUAGACGCUGAGCUGGAGGGACACAUGCAAGCAGAGGAGCAGAGGAGGCGAGAGUGCGAAGAGGAGGAGAGGAGAAGACGGGAGAAGGAGGAAGAGCAGGAGAGGAGGCAGAGGGAGGAGCGUGAAAGACAGGAGCAGGAGAAACGGCAAAGGGAAAGACAAGAACACGAGGGAAGACAUAAAGACCAGGAGAGAAGGCAGCAGGAGCUACAGAAGAGGCAGGAGGAGCACAGGAGGUGCCAGCAGAGGGAGGAGCAGAGGAGGUCCCAGCAGCAGAUACAACAGCUACAGAAGGAGGAGGAAAGGAGAUCCCAGCAGCAGAGGGAGGAGCAGAGGAGGUCCCAGCAGCAGAUGCAACGGCUACAGAAGGAGGAAGAGAGGAGGUCCCAGCAGCAGAUACAACGGCUACAGAAGGAGGAAGAGAGGAGGUCCCAGCAGCAGAGGGAGGAGGAGAGGAGGUCCCAGCAGCAGAGGGAGGAGGAGAGGAGGUCCCAGCAGCAGAGGGAGGAGGAGAGGAGGUCCCAGCAGCAGAGGGAGGAGGAGAGGAGGUCUCGGCAGCAGCUACAACAGCUGCAUAGGGAGGAGGAGGAGAGGAGGUCUCAGCAGCAGAAGAGGUGCCAGCAGCAGCUACAAAAGUUACAAAGGGAGGAGGAGGAGAGGAGGUCACAGCAGCAGCAGAGGGAGGAGCAGAGGAGGUCUCAGCUACAGCGGGAGGAGGAGGAGAGGAGGUCACAACAGCAGCAGAGAGAGGAGCAGGAGCGCAGUAAAACCACUAAGGAGCAGGAUGCCAUGGACAGUCUGGAGAAACUAUUGAGAGUGAGCCCUCCUCAGCCGGCCUCUCCUCCUCAGCCGGCCUCUCCUCCUGCUCCUCCUCCUCCUCCUCCCCUCUCCACUGUCCCUCCCUCCCCCUGGCUGGCUGGCAGCAGCAGCAGCCUGUGCCCUCCCCCCCUCACGCCUCAGACAGAGUUUGCUCGUGAGAAGCAGCGACAGCGAGCCAUGUGGAACGGAGCGCUCUACACUCCGCACACACACAGUACCUCAGCACACAAGCCCCCGGCACACGCCAAAGACCCCCCCAGACUGUACCAAGCCCCACCCCCUCCCCCACCUCCUCCUCUCACCGGCCCGGCACACAGCAGAGCCGAGUCCAGGAGCUCCACACAGUUCGAGGAGGAGACGUCUGAUGUGUUGCUGCCUGAUGGCCUAGCUAACAUCAUGGCCAUGUUGGAUGAGUCCAUUCAGAGAGAGGAGGAGCUGUUCCAGAGUGGGAGGAGCCUGGAGGACCUGUCUGCGGUGGUGCAGCCAGUCACAGGUUACCCCUGUGCUCCAGACUUGCUGCCAGUGCCCAAACAGCAGGCCCACCCUGAGGACGUGAGCUCCAGCCCCCCGGUGCUGAGCCGACAGGGCUCUCUGGCCUCUCCCUGCAGCCGCACCUCCUCCCUGAAUGAGGAGGAGGAGGACUACAAGCCCCUCCACAAAGUCACCUCCAGACCUCAAGACAGGCCCAGACCUCAGGACACUGGCAUCGGGAACACAGACUAUCGCCACAGCGACUUGGCCAAGCUCUACGGCCUUCCUGAAGUGAAGAGCGAGGCUGACGAAGAGGAGGAAGAAGAGGACUCUCCUUCAUGCUCGCCCCCACGCCAGAGACCUCACCUGCACCAAACCGGAGUCAACAGCAUGUUCAAGUCUCUGGCCACGGUUCUGGAGAGCCAGAAGUACACGUACCGCGGAGGUCCGUUUGGCCGACCGCCCCCGUCAGCUCUGCUCGGCCUCAAGUACUCCUCCUCUUUGUCCCUCGGCCCCGAGAUCCACCGACAGCAGAGAUCUCCAGGUUCAGAGUUGUCCAACCCUCCUGCCAGCCCCACGGCGCAGGUCAAAGCUGAGUCCCCACCUCCGGCAAACGAACAGGACUGUCCCAAAGCACAUGAACCAAUCAAACCCAUCCGGCUGAUCAAAGAGGAGAGCCGCUUCACUGCUGUGUCCCAGGACUCUCUGUCGGAGAGCUGCGAGGUCCUGAACAGCCCCAAGCACGAGCGGUACCGCAGCCAGCACAAAGACCGAGACAAGUCGAGAGACAAGAAGGACAAGGAGAAGAGGAAGAAGCACGGCCACAGCAAACACGAGGAACGGAGACACAGAGACGCCUCCUCAGCCUCCGGUCACCGUAAACACAGCAAGAGCCACAAAGACCGGAAGGAGCGGCGCAUCCUCGGAGACCUCAACUCUCAGGGAAAACGGGAGCAGAUUGAGCAGACAUUUGACCAGAGCAGCAGCAGCAGUGAGGAGCGAGGAGCCACCAGCGAAGGCUCCUGUGACAUCCUCAAGCUGAAGGCUCUGUCUGACGGCCCACCCAAAGAGCUGAAGAUCCGCCUCAUCAAAGUGGAGAGUGGAGACCGAGAGACCUUCAUUGCAUCAGAGGUGGAGGAGAAGAGGAUCCCACUCCAGGACAUCAGCAUCAAGAACACGGCCAGCGAGAUCAUCCGCUCCUGCAAAGGUGCUAAAAUCAAAGGGAAGUUCAAGGAGUCGUACCUGCUGCCGGCCUUCUCCAUCAAACCCAACAUGACGGCUGAUGGACCGAUCCCGCGAGAGAAGCUCAACCCGCCCACUCCCAGCAUCUAUUUGGAGAGUAAGAGAGACGCCUUCUCCCCUGUGCUGCUGCAGUUCUGCACAGACCCUAAGAACCCUGUGACCGUGAUCCGGGGCCUGGCAGGAUCCUUGCGUCUCAAUCUGGGCCUGUUCUCCACCAAGUCCCUGGUGGAUGCAAACUCUGACCAGUCUGUGGAGGUGAGGACGCAGGUGCAGCAGCCUGCAGACGAGAACUGGGACCCCAGUGGAACCAAGCAGACCUGGCCCUGCGAGAGCAGCCGCUCACACACCACUAUCGCCAAGUACGCCCAGUACCAGGCCUCUAGCUUCCAGGAGAGCCUGCAGGAGGAGAAGAGCAGCUCUGAUGAAGAGGAGGAGGAAGAGGAUAAAGACAAGAAACCAGUUGUCGACACCCUGAAGGAAGGCCCCAAAGACGGCCCCAAGGACGGCAGCAAAGAGGCCAGCAGCAGUGAGCAGAAACCAGGGAAGAUAAUAAAGUUUGGAACCAACAUCGACCUGUCUGACCCCAAGAGGUGGAAGGCUCAGCUGCAGGAGCUGCAGAAGCUUCCCGCCUUCAUGAGAGUUUCCUCCAGUGGGAACAUGCUGAGCCAUGUGGGCCACACCAUCCUGGGCAUGAACACUGUGCAGCUCUAUAUGAAGGUCCCAGGCAGCCGCACUCCAGGUCACCAGGAGAACAACAACUUCUGCUCCGUUAACAUUAACAUCGGCCCUGGGGACUGUGAGUGGUUCUCUGUGCAUGAGCAUUACUGGCAGGCCAUCAGCGACUUCUGUGAGAAACAUGGUGUGGAUUACCUCACUGGGUCCUGGUGGCCAGUGCUCCAGGACCUGUAUGCAGCUAACAUCCCUGUGUACCGCUUCAUCCAGCGUCCUGGAGACCUUGUCUGGAUCAACGCAGGGACCGUUCACUGGGUACAGGCUGUGGGCUGGUGCAACAACAUCGCCUGGAACGUGGGGCCACUGCACGGGUACCAGUACCAGCUGGCUCUGGAGAGGUUUGAAUGGAACGAGGUGAAGAAGGUAAAGUCCAUUGUCCCCAUGAUCCACGUGUCCUGGAACGUGGCCCGCAGCCUCAAGAUCACAGACUCUGACACCUACAAGAUGAUCAAACACUGCCUGCUCCAGUCCAUGAAGCACAGCCAGAUCCUCAGGGACCAGCUGGUGAGCGAGGGCAAGAAGAUCUCCUACCAGAGCCGAGUGAAGGACGAGCCGGCCUACUACUGCAACGAGUGUGAUGUGGAGGUGUUUAACCUCCUCUUCGUCACCAGUGAGAACAGCAGCAGAAAGACCUACAUGGUUCACUGUGAGGACUGUGCCCGCCGCAUGAACUCCUCUCUGGGCACCGUGGUGGUGCUCGAGCAGUACCGCAUGGAGGAGCUCAUGGCUGUAUACGACGCCUUCAGCCUGGCCCCCUCCAGGUGA